AUGAUGUCAAGAAGACCGGGAAAUUCUUCUCGAAGAUUCGGUGAUGGAAAGUCGAAAUCGUCACCGCUUUUGUCAAUUGCGCUUAUAGUCGUGGGUGCUUUGUUUAUCAUUGGGUACUUCUAUAAGGGUUCAGGUGGACUUGGUGGCCGUUUAGAUUCUGUUAGCAGGGUUGAAGGUGCAGGUGAUUAUUUGUGCAGUGGAGAGGUCCAACGAGCAAUUCCUGUUUUACAGAAAGCAUAUGGAGAUAGCAUGCAUAAAGUUUUGCAUGUCGGUCCUGAUACUUGCUAUGUGGUCUCUAGAUUGCAAAAGGAGGAUGAAACUGAAGCCUGGGGUAUAGAACCAUAUGAUGUAGAGGAAACCGACAAUACGCUGGAUUACCUAUCCCCAAAAUACCUGAAUAAAACUCUUCCAGAUUUGGCGAGGGUAUCAUCUGAUGGUUUAGUGAUAUUUACGGGUAUUCCAACUAAUCAAAAGGCCAAGGUAGCAGAUGUUUCUAAAUUUGGAAGAGCGGCCAAGAUGAGGAGUGGAUCCUGGUGGGUCAAGUUUUUCCUUCAAAAUAACUUAGAGGAGAACGAAGCCGGUAAUAAGAAGUUCGAGCAAGCUUCAACAAAGAGUUCAUAUGUUCCAAAAUGUCAGAUAUUCCACUUGAAAUCACUCCAUUGA